GCGAGCGGCACCAGCGCCCGGCGGCGCGGGCAGGCGAAGCGCGGCCCUGCCCUGCCAUGGAGAGCCGGGGGCAGCAAGAGUCUAACGAUCAUUUAGAAUCUGAAGUGGAGGAAUCUAGCAUACCGCCAGCUGCUGGAUCGUCUGAGGACCAGACACCUAUAGUUCAGUCACCAUUGUCACCGGAUGGAGUUAAAACACCAUCAUCUGCAGACCAGCUGUCUAUAGUUGAGUCCCCACUGUCACUGGAUGAAUUAGCUGGCAUUAAAACAUCAUCAUCUGCAGACCAGUCAUCUAUAGUUGAGUCCACACUGCCACUGGAUGAAUUAACUGGUGUUAAACCACCAGCAUCUGCAGACCAGUCAUCUACAGUUGAGUGCCCACUGUCACUGGAUGAAUUAGCUGGGGUUAAAACACCCACAUCUGCAGAUCAGCCAUCUGUAGUGGAACUGCCAGCAUCUGCAGACCAGCUGGUCAUUGAGAAACCACCAGGUUCUGAGGACCAGUUACCUGUUGUGGAAUUUCUCACAUCCAGGGAAAACUUGGAUGAGAUCAGAUCACCUGUGGGUAAGCAGCCAGGUUUCAAGGUCAAGAUGUACAUGUCCGACUCUGCACAGACUGGCGGUAAAACACCUGGGGCUCAGUCAUCAGCAACUGUAGCCAAGCCAACAGAGACUACACAUGAAAUAACGGAGCAGCCAAUUGCGUAUGAAGACCCUUUUGAAGUCUCCAUUAAGUACAUGGAGAAACACAAUAUUCUGCAGAUAUUUCAGGAGAUCACAGAAAAACUGGUGUACCAGAAACCCGAUGACCCCUUGCAGUUCAUAUUGCUGCAGGUGCAGUCUAUGAUAAAUGCCAGGCAGGCUGAAAUGGAGGGAAUAUUGGAGGAGAAUGAAGAUGCAGAGAUGUUUCUGGAAGACGUCCUGUACACUCCUUUUGGCCCCUACUGACCUUGCUAUUGUGGUAUUGCAUGGGGCCUUCACAGCACUGUGCUUUUGUAACUUGGAAUAGGUCUGCUUGUAUGUUUCCUGAUUUUUCUGUUCUGUGUGCUUGUGCUUCCCCUUGGGUUUAAAUCCUGCAACCAGGUAUUGGUUUGGAUGCACAAACUGAAAUCAAAGCAUGCACAGACCUCAUGCACAUAUAGCACACCUUGAAAAGGCAGGUCUGCUGAACUCCUGUGCAGUCUGUGCAUACAAAUGCAUAAAUCCUACAGUUACGCUGCCCCUAGACUCUGCUUUUCCAUACAGAGAAACCUCACAGCUCAGACAAUACAAGCACAAAACCAAGUAAAAUUAAAAAGCAGCCCUCUAUGACCCAUAGUCCUCUCUUUUUUUUUCCAUGCUGCAUUGGUAACUUACCGUCUCCAGCUAUGCAGCAGUGCCUGUGUCCGUCUAAUACUUUGAGAAGCUGGGUCUGUGGCUUUCCCACUGCCCCCCGAGCUCCUCUGAUGCAAGAAGCUGUCUCACUGCCUCUUCCACGCACUGGACACAGCUGUCUCACCCUUCACCAUCCCUGCUGGGUUCCGAUCACUCUGCUUUUUGGGGUUGCCCAGCUGCAUCAUUGCAAAUACAGUGUAUCUUUCGAUAACCAGAACAGUAAAGCAACAGUUGCACACACCCUCUGUGGCUUCAGAAGACAUUGUCACUCAGGAAUGUGGGAGGUGAACAAAACUAAACAAACCAAAACCAGACACUUGUAGCCCAGGAAAUUCAGACGCAAGGUACACUUUCUACGUCAUUUGAACUGAUUUCGAGUCUCAAAGCACUUACAAUUCUCAUUUUCAUACCAUCCAACUGUCUGUUUCCACCCUAUAAAGAAACUUUGUCUUUCUUUUUCCUCUCUCUUGCCUGAAGAUUAUUGAAAACAUGCAACAGAGCGUACUGUUAUUUUGGCUUCAUUUAAUGUGUCUGUGCAGUAGAUGCCAGAAGGUUUUUUGUCACUACAGAAUUUUCUCUUUUUUAGGCAAGUGCUCUAAUUUCAUGACGGAUGGUACUGUAUUCCCAAAUGACUGUCUCUAUGGCUAUGAAGAGAGCACCAUAGAAACUUAUAUUCCAUCUAUCUAUUUUCAGCUAAAAGUCUGAUGAUUAGGUUGUGUGAUACUCCACAGCGAAGCUUGAGCCCAAAAAGUCUGGGAAAAACAGAGGCAAGUAUUUGAUAUACAAAUUUCGUGGCUGAGAAGAAUUGCCUUUCAAUCUAAGGUUCUCAAAAAAGAUCAGCUAGUUCAUCUGUUUCCAGGUUAAAGGUGGGUAAGCAUCCCUUUCAUUCAUAGGGCAGGAAUGUUUUCAAGGUUAUUGUGAGCGUAAAGAUGGCUCAAGUUUUAAAUAAAAUCUUCAUGGGUUUUAUAAGAGGUUUGGUGUAGUCUUACACAUCUAGGUCCCACUGAAACAGUGAGAUGCUUUUGAAAGCCCUACUUCAGCAGCUGGAAGAAUUGGACACUUAAUGAAACAGAGUGACUGAUGUUUUUUCAGCCUUAUAUAUUGUUGAUCAAGAAUUUAUAAGCAGCCCUGUACGUACACGCCCUGUGAAUGUAAGAGAAGUGCUAAUGCACCUCUGUGGAACAGGAAUUGCAUGGAAGAUGAAGAUAGCAGCUGAAGCCUUUUCAUCACUAUGGUCACAUCAGCAUGUUCUCCCAAGAGAUGGAGAAGUUGCAAUGUCUUUGAAUUUUGUUGUAGAACAGGAUUAGGGUGCUUUUGGGUACACCUGAGCUGUGAACUUUGUGCUUCUAUCAUUUGUGUGUUUUAUUUUUUUGUUACCUUUUACUCAUUAAAAACUUCUGACUUGUAACACCU